AUGGAGUUUGAUUGUGCCGAGGCCAUGCGCCUCGUGCAGGCACGUUUGAGCCAGUAUCUGGCACUAGAAAUAGAGCUUGACUCUACGAGAAGCGAGAGGGAAGUUGUAGAGAUGGCACUCUUCGCCAACUCUUUUACGAUUGCCGCUUUUGCCGUGCAAAGCGCAGAGCGGAUUGAACGCAGGCUCUGGUCCUACCAGAGGGGCGAGAGCUGGUUUGAGACGACCUUGCCGCACCUUGGCGUCCAGAACUUCAAGGCGUGCUUCCGAGUUAUGCCCUGUACAUUUCGCUAUCUCGUCGACGUGUGCCGCCCGACGAUGGAAAGAGAAACGACGAACAUGCGGACCCCGAUCAGUGUCGAGAAGCGCGUGGCGAUUGCAUUGUAUAAACUAUGCUCAACAGCCGAGGACAGAACGAUAGGCCAUCUUUUUGGCGUAGGUCGCGCAACAGUGAAUAUCGUGUACCGCGAGUUCUGCGGUACGAUCGUGGCCAAGCUAGAGGAGUCGACAGUGGCGAUGGUGCGGCAAACCGAACUCUACAACCACAUGUUGGAGUUCGAGGCCGUCUGCGGCUUCCCAAGCGCCAUCGGAGCCUUGGACGGCUGCCACCUUGCAGUGUCACCGCCGAAACAUCAGGAUUGCGACUACCGGAACUACAAGGGAUGGUAA